AGAUUGCCAUAUGAGUUCUGAAAAGCGUUUGGCUCCUCAGGAUAACUGCUCUAAAAAUAGAUUUGGAGGAGAGGUUUCUCUUGGGUCCAGUUUCGGGUUCCAGCUGAGCUGGCUUUAAAAAACUUGUUUGCUCCUGUUGCAAGGCUGGAGUGAGGAUAAAUCGUUUCUUAUUCUACCUUCAACAUUAAUUUUUGGAGAUACACACUCGCUCUGUCUGUGGAAAUCGAGCACUAAUGUUAUGGCUGACGACACAGAGACUAAGCAUGGAGGAAGCAAGAAUGGAAAGAAAGAAGGCCUCUCUGGAAGCUCAUUUUUCACCUGGUUUAUGGUAAUUGCUUUGCUGGGAGUUUGGACAUCAGUAGCAGUUGUCUGGUUUGAACUUGUAGAUUAUGAAGAAGUUCUAGCCAAAGCAAAGGAUUUCCGUUAUAACUUGUCAGAGGUCCUACAAGGCAAGCUUGGGAUUUAUGAUGCUGAUGGAGAUGGAGAUUUUGAUGUGGAAGAUGCUAAAGUAUUGCUAGGCCUGACCAAAGAUGGCAGUAAUGAAAAUAUUGAUUCCCUUGAGGAAGUCCUUAAUAUUUUAGCAGAGGAAAGCUCUGAUUGGUUUUAUGGCUUUCUCUCAUUUCUCUAUGAUGUAUUGACUCCUUUUGAAAUACUAGAAGAAGAAGAAAGCGAAGCUGCAGAUGAUGUUGAUGGUACGUCACAGAAUGAAGGGGUUCAGGGAAAAAAGACUUGUGUUAUUUUGGAUUUACAGAACCAGUGAGACUGAGAGACUAAUUUGAUUGGCUUUUGAAAAUGUCCAUGAAAUCAUCAGUCUUAAUAUAACAAGAAUUUAUGACAUUGAGGGGAACCUCCCAAAUGGAUGCUAUAAAGAUUGAACUAAAGUCAUCCAUGCUAUGCAGUUUCAAUAGUUGAAAGCCUUUCAAUGAUUUUUCCAUUUUUGUGACAGGAUGACACAUAUUAUGUGGUUGUGUAAAUAUUUAGAAUAAAACAUGUAUCUGUGGCUGUGUAGUUGGUUUCUGUAUGUGCUUCAAUUUGUGCAUUUUAUGCACAAAACUUACAAAGCUUAAGUGUAAUAACCUCUACUGUUAACACUGUAACAUUUGUCUUUCUAGCAAACGUUAACUGAAGCAUUUUGUAACAGCUUUGAUUGUAAAGUAUGCUAGCAUGACUGCAUUCUGUAAAUACAUAUUUAUGUUAAUCCUUUAAUAUAGACAUGACAAUGAUAAUUCUCUUGUGAAAUAUAAUUUUAAUAAAUACUUUUUUUGUGAUUCACUGAUUUCUCAGAUAGGUUCUUUUUACUUGUUCGAAGAAAAGCACUUAAUGUAAAAGUGCUUGAAAAUUCUACAGAAACAUUUAUUUCUAAGUCAGCUAACAUCUGUUGUAUUCAGAAGAUAUUCUGUCAUGUGGUUUAUUCCCAUUGAUUUGUCUGUUUUCAAACUAAGUCUUCAGUAAUUUCUUUAAUAUAAUAGUCAAUCACAAGGGCUGUUCUAAAUCUGUUUUAGUUUUUAAGGUGGGCCUUUUAUGGAGGUGGGAAGCUGUGAUUAUGUAUUUCUAAUGUAAUAUGGAAUAUAUUAAAGACUAAUUGGAAAUUAGAA